UCUGUAGAAUUUUAAAAGGGGAACUUUCACUGCAAUCUUGAUUGGCAGACAGGGAAAAAUGGACGACCUUGAACGCGAAAUAUAUGGACCGUAUUAAAAUUUAUGUGGAGAUGUUAAUCUGGGCCCGUGAUGGUGACCGUUGAAUGACUUACGUGAAUUGAAACAUGCUGAUAGCAAAAGAUAAAACUUCCCUUUAUACUGUACGCAUCUACAGCGAAAUCAUUUAUAUGACCUUUAUGCUGAGAACAAAACCUGUGUACUUUGCGCUUCACCAGAAGGACAAGAUGGCCACAGAAUUGUCACGCCAAACCGAGGAGAUCUACAAGAAAGUAUUAAACGCCAACGUCUCAUUUCAGGAGGCUUUGGAAAUAUACAAGGACUGGGCCCCAAUAUACGACGACUCUGCAAAGAUUCUGAAUCACGAAGGUCCCUCAAUAUUGGCCAAAGAAGUGGAGAAACUCUUUGACGAAAAGAAACACGCCCUCAUUUUGGACGCCGCGGCUGGAACUGGGCUGCUGGGUUUAGAGUUGAAGAAUAGCGGUUUUCACAACCUCGAUGCCUUAGACGCUAGCAAAGAAAUGUUGGAAAAAGCAAAGGAAAAGAAUCUGUACAGAAACGUCGUCUGCGACAUUUUAGGCCCAAACCGCCUUGACAUACCAGACGAUACCUAUGACGCCGUCGUUUCUGUGGGAAGUUUCGGUCCAGGUCACGUGGACGGAAGUUGUUUGGCUGAACUGAUACGUAUCGUUAAGCCGGAUGGCUACAUCGUGAUCGUCAUGAGCAAGGAAUUGUUGGACGAGGAAUAUGGACGAGAUCUUCUGGAAAUUAUGGAUGACCACGUCAGUGCAGGACGCUGGACAGUGGUCUCCAGGCGUCCGGUUCUCCGUUACACUGGGGUAAUGGACGGAAUGGUGCUUGUACAUCGCAUCAAAUGAACAUCAAUGUAAGGGACUAUUUAUAAUGAAUUUUGUCAACCUAGUUUAUGUGGGGCCAACUCCCCAUCCCAUAAAAACUAUUUUGUUGCGGAAACCACGUCAACGAUGUCAAAUCCGUGAUAUGAAUUGGCUCGACCGCGUCUUAAGGAUGAAAUGGGGAAGAAUCGAUCUGAUGUACCCCUGUUGGGAGGCGUAAGCCCGGGGGACCUUAGAAAAGAACAAUCCAGAGUAAGUUACACGUGAUGGGUUUAACCUGGAGCGAGACGUGUAAAGUAGAGAAAGACCGCGCGGAAAGGCGUCCCCGUGCCGCGGCCGUAUUUCCCAGCGGCGAAGAUGGGGAUAAGUGAUAGGUGAACUAAAACGCCUCCUCUUUUUUCCCGGUGUACUCAUAUAAUCACCAGCCUUCCUGUUUUCUACUCAAGGCCAAGAAGAGGCUUGUUAAUCUGAUUGCAUUCACCAAGAGUCAUGUGCAGUUGGGGUGCAUUAGCUAGGUCGACAAAAUUCAUUGUGAACUGCCCCUUAGACAGCAACGUGUCAGCGUGGUAGAUGCGUGAUGUAUGUUUGUUCACAAAUGUGACGUAAAUUGAAUGAGAUUUUGUAAUUGGCUGCUGAUUGCGGCAUGCUACGAGUAAAUGAAAUUUACUGAGUUUAAUCAAAAACAAUGAUUUCAUGCUCCCAAUCAGUGUACGUUUGUUUGGAAGUUGUGUUAAUAACGUGUUUAAAUAAUUCCUGAGAAAUCUGUUAUUAGGUUUUGAAAUGGUAAAUAUUAACCAAUAGAAAUCGAAUUAUGGAAAAAAAUCUUUAAUAGAUGUUUGAAUUAUUCCAAGUUAGUUUCUUUACAAAAGACAAAAGUUGUGUUUUGUUUUUAAAAGUCUGGGCCGUCUUCACUACAUGUACGUGUGAAGUAGACCGUUUCAAUUCACUAUUGUGUAUAAAAAGACUUACGGUUUUAUAAUUGUUAAAUGUGGGACGUAUUCUAUCAACUAUGCCUAGUUUGUCUAAGUUUCAGACCUGAAAGGACCAUAUGGUUUAUUUUUUAAAAAGAAACAUUAUAGUCGAGUAGCCAAAAAUUGCGAUCCAAGCGAGACGAGAAGACAAUAUUCAUAUUCGUUCAAGGGAGUUCGUUCGCGAAAGAGCGUCAGUGGGAGAUCGUUAUCGAUUAUUUUAACCCUCCCCCCUUGAAAUGUAUCGUUUUUACUUAUUUAUUUAUUUCGUUUUAUUUUUAACCCCGCUCUCGCUUACGGCACUUGGAAAAGUUGGACGCCGUGAAAUUUAGAGGAAAUUACAGGUGGCAAUAUUGGACGGCCCGUACCCCAAUCCUGUGAAAAGCCUUGUAUGGAAAUGAAGUCAGCAUUUUAAACAUUCACUUUUAUUGGCCAUAUCACAAAAAUAUUGCAUAUAAAAUGGCUGAGCCAUUAACUCAAUUCAAUUUAUUUCUGUACCGGUACAUAUGUACAAAGAUUAACGUUACCUUGUGCAAUAUAGGAUAAUAAUUAUAUAGUAUGUGAAUUAUAAAAUAUAUCUUUAUAAAAUGGACAGAUGAACUUCUUGGAUUACAAAUAAAAUAUGCUCUCUUAAAGGCGAAAUGAAACUGCUUUGUGUGUUUACUGCAGAUUUAUCAAAAAUACAAUUCAUUCAUAUGUAACAUAAUAUAGACCGAUUAAAAUAAACAAGAAAUAUGCUAAGAGUUACGAAGUAGAACAGAUACUUCACUUCUUUUCUUAUAUGAAUUAAUUAUGAAAUUGUAGGGGUAGACUUUAAUAUCUUUAACAUAUACUUUUGCUUUUAUCUUAUCACUGUUAAACACAUUGUAUGAUUUACUUUCUGAUAAUACAGCCUUGUAUCAGCUUAUAGGGACACUUGAGUAAAGAUUGUCUCUUGGUAAGUUUUAUACAUAGGGCACAUAUUGAAGUAUGAAAAGGCAUCAGUCUCCAAUUGCCCCUUGGGGACACAGGCGACAUAUUCUGUCACACCUUUCAGUUUUCGGCAUGGUGUGCCGCCCAGCUUCUAUUUGAAGAUUAUGAUCACUAAGACGUAGUUUAACAAGGGUUAAUGGUGACGGAAUUGCAUUUCACAUGGACGUUUGUUGUACCGCGUGAAGUACAACUAAAGAACAAGAUAUAACUACUCUAAAAUAUUUCAAUGCAGUUUUAUAUAAUAAAUCCACAUUUCCGAAUAAGUUGAAAGUUACUGGUAUUAUUUCACACAAGACUAUUAAUGGUUAAUGAUGGCGGAAUUCACGUGUUGUACGGUUACUUCUAUGGUACAAGUUUACUACAAGAAAUUAUUAUUUUAAUUUUUUAAAAUUCUUAAUGUAUAAGAUAAAAGCUACUGGUAUAAUUUCAGACAAGACUAUGAACAAGAAAGACAUUUUUAUGUAUAAUGUGGAUUAUACAAAUACUGCAGAAGGUGAUCAGAGAUAGCCUUACGAUUCAAGGUAUAGAGAAACUGCUUAAUUCACCCACACACAUGUAAUGAGAAAUUCCUGUAAAGGCUAAAUAUGUGCCGACUUUAUUAUAUUCAUCUGACAAGUCCUUUGCCAUUUGUAAGCCUUGUUUGCAAACACAAAGCUGGUUCUAGAUUUUUCUAGCUUAAUUCUUCAGCUUUAUCAACCCUCUCAAGGUCACUGGUGAGCAGGUAUGUUUUAUUAAUUUCGCCACAACAUCCACCUGUAUGACUUUAAACUCACCUGCUCUCUACACACGGUCAAAUCAAAGUAAUUGUGUAGCAGGCCCUAAUUAUUUUGUGUUUCCCUCCAAUUAUUCUCACUGGACAGAUGCACGCUAUACCAAGACCUCAUGCUUUCAUUUAAGGUAGAAACCAAAAUUUUUCCAUCAGAUGAAGUGAACAUGGAAAGAUCACCUAGUGCUACUGCGACAUUUUUUUCCUCCUGAUUGCCUGCACCUUCAAUUUCUGGGUCAGACAAGCUAUGCAGAGAAGAAUCAGA